AUGAGUGACUCAAAACCUCUUCAUACCCCAAUAUCUUCUGGGUCAUCCUUAUCUCGACAUGAUGGUGACAUUCUCCCUGAUCCAUUUCUCUAUCGCAGUACUGUUGGAGCUUUACAAUAUUUAACUAAUACUCGACCAGAUAUUUCAUUUGCUGUUAAUCGUGCUUGUCAAUUUAUGCAGUCACCUACUACCACUCAUUGGACUGCUGUAAAAAGAAUUCUUCGUUAUCUUCGUAACACGUCUCAUCAUGGACUUCUUAUUCGUCCAUCAUCAUCAAUUGAACUUUCUGCCUUUUCUGACUCUGAUUGGGCUGGUUGUCCUGACGACCGGCGUUCUACAACAGGUUAUUGCAUAUUUUUGGGUGAUAAUAUUAUCUCGUGGAAUUCCAAGAAACAACAGGUUGUUGCUCGAUCUAGCACAGAAUCUGAAUACCGAGCUCUAGCCCAUGCCACUGCUGAACUCAUUUGGCUUCAAUCUCUACUACAAGAACUUCGUGUCUCUCUCAUUCAACCUCCCACUCUCUGGUGUGAUAAUAUUGGUGCUGCCUUUCUCACCCGCCAAUCCUGUCUUCCAUGCUCGUACAAAACAUAUAGAGAUUGA